UACCUCGAACUCCACUUGAAGCAAACCAAAAACAUAAAUAACAUAAAAGACUUUUGUUUCUCUACAGGAACAACAAAGUCUUGAGACUCUUGGAAGCUAAGAUACAUGGCUAUGGAGUUAGAGCUUGAUGAUGAUGUCUUCUUUGCAGACAUAAGCAAACAGAUCUCUCUUCUCAUCAUGGAUGAAGAUGAACAGCUAAACUCUGUUUCUCUUUCCUCCUCCUCCCCAUCUCUCUCAUUUCAGGGUAUGUUCAGAGGAGGCUACCAAACGGCUGCUCCAUAUAUGUACCAUCAAGAACAGAGCAAAGGGACUGGUGUGUUCAUCCCUAAAUCUUCUCAGCCAAGAAGAAGACCUCAUCAUCAUCAGAAGCAAGGUAGGUAUAGUUCCUUCAACGCCAAGCAACAACACUCUCUUCAACAAAACAGACAAGAGUAUCAGCAGCAGAAUCAGGAGAACUCAAGAAGUACUCUCACCACUCACAACAACAAGAGCAACAUGAACAAUAGUGUCCAUGCUUCUAUCCCAAGAAGAGCCUACAGAGAUGCAUCAUCUAUCUACACUUGAUUAAUUCUAAAAGAUUCAUGGUUCAGUGUGAUCAAUAUUCUUAUAGUUAGAUGCAUAAGAUUUAUUUGUUUGUAAAUCAGGGAAUAAUAAAAAGGGGGUUUGUAUAAGGAAGGUCUUGGAGAUAUAUAUGUUCCAAGUUCGUUCUUGGUUUUUUUUUUGUUUUAAUCACAUAUGUAUGAUAUGUAACUCUUUUCUUGUCAUCAUUUUAGAGAUUGACUGACUUAUAUUCUCCAA